ACAACUCCUCGGCGCGCCGCGCUGGGAGGCAGCGGCAGCGGCGGGAGGGAGGCGGGGAGGGGAUUCCCGAGCCAGCCGGGCGCUCGCCCUCCGCCCGCCGGCUGCAGCGUCGCGCGGCCAAGGUCAGAGGCGCCGCAGGAGCAGCAGCUGGGAACCAGGGAAGCGGGUCAAUCCCGGCCGCAGGGAGGAAGCCCCAGGGCGCAGUCAGCCGGCGUCCACAGCCGCCGAGGAGGAGGGUGAGCGGCUGUCUCCGGGCCGGUCGGGUCCCGCCGAGGUGGCCGCGGCCCCAGCGACCCGGCGGGUGGCGGCCCAGGGGUCGGCGAGCAGGCAGCUGGAGCCCCACCUUCGGCUCCCGGGCGCUGUCCGCCGCCUCGUGGUGCUGAUCCCAGCCCCACGGCUGAGCGGCCUUCGCACCUGCCUGUCUCACCUCGCUAUCACCCCGAUAAGGAGCUGGGCGGGGGCAGAAGGGGGGCCUCGGGGUAGCCGCCCACCGGAGCCAGGGGCUGAAGCAGCGAGCGCACAGCAGCCCGGCCGCUGGUCCUGGGGUGGAGAGGAGGCGCGCGCUGCAGCCGGCGGCGGCGCUGGUGCUGAUUCAUCACCUAAAGCUCCUCGCAGGCCACCGCGAGGGCAGCCGACCGGCUCCGGACUCUGGCCGCAGGUUGAAGCCGCUGGUGCGGGAGCCUCGCGGGCAGGAGGUGAGGACCCCCUCCCUUCUCUUGCCCCUCAAUCAUCUUAGGGCGGUGGCUACAGGACAGAGAGAGGGGCGUGCCCCUCGGCUGUGAAGUGGGCAUGCCCGUGUGAUGCCCCCGCCCGCCGUCUCACCGGGGCGCACCGCGCUGGUCCUCCUCCGCCAGUCUCCCGAGCUCCGGCCAUUCAUCCCCAGCACAGAGCAGAGCGGGCAGCCGGCGCCGCGAUGGAGGAAGAGCUGAAGUGUCCCGUGUGCGGCUCUCUGUUUCGGGAGCCUAUCAUCCUGCCCUGUUCCCACAAUGUCUGCCUGCCUUGCGCUCGCACCAUCGCGGUGCAGACCCCGGACGGUGAGCAGCACCUGCCCCAGCCGCUCCUGCUUUCCCGGGGAUCGGGGCUGCAGGCGGGCGCCGCCGCCGCUGCCUCUCUGGAGCACGACGCUGCGGCUGGCCCGGCCUGCAGCGGUGCAGGCGGGAGUGCAGCUGGCGGCAUCGGCGGCGGUGCGGGAGGUGGCGGAGACCACGCGGACAAGCUCAGCUUGUACAGCGAGACAGACAGCGGCUACGGGUCCUACACCCCGAGCCUCAAGUCCCCCAACGGGGUUCGCGUGCUGCCCAUGGUGCCCGCACCACCCGGCUCCUCGGCUGCGGCGGCUCGGGGUGCCGCCUGCUCCUCGCUGUCCUCGUCUUCGAGCUCCAUCACGUGCCCGCAGUGCCACCGCAGCGCCUCCCUGGACCACCGCGGCCUGCGCGGCUUCCAGCGCAACCGGCUGCUCGAGGCCAUCGUGCAGCGGUACCAGCAGGGCCGCGGGGCCGUGCCGGGGACGUCUGCAGCCGCGGCGGUGGCCAUCUGCCAGCUGUGCGACCGCACCCCGCCAGAGCCAGCAGCCACGCUCUGCGAGCAGUGCGACGUCCUCUACUGCUCUGCCUGCCAGCUCAAGUGCCAUCCAUCCCGGGGACCCUUCGCCAAGCAUCGCCUGGUGCAGCCGCCGCCGCCGGCGCCCGCCGAGGCAGCCUCCGGGCCCACUGGCGCCGCCCAGGGCGCCCCCAGCGGAGGCGGCGGCUGCAAGAGCCCGGGAGGCGCGGGGGCCGGGGCGACUGGGGGCAGCACGGCCCGCAAGUUCCCCACGUGUCCCGAGCAUGAAAUGGAGAACUACAGCAUGUACUGCGUGAGCUGUCGAACCCCGGUGUGUUAUCUGUGCCUGGAGGAGGGCCGGCACGCCAAGCACGAGGUGAAGCCGCUGGGGGCCAUGUGGAAGCAGCACAAGGCACAACUAUCUCAGGCCUUAAAUGGAGUUUCAGAUAAGGCAAAGGAAGCAAAGGAGUUUCUGGUUCAGCUAAAGAACAUAUUGCAGCAGAUCCAGGAAAAUGGACUGGACUACGAAGCCUGCCUGGUUGCUCAGUGUGAUGCCCUUGUGGAUGCUUUAACUCGUCAGAAAGCCAAGCUGCUCACCAAGGUGACUAAAGAGAGGGAACACAAGUUGAAGAUGGUUUGGGACCAGAUCAAUCACUGCACACUGAAGCUGCGCCAGUCCACUGGACUGAUGGAGUACUGCCUGGAGGUGAUCAAGGAGAACGACCCCUCCGGGUUCUUACAGAUCUCAGAUGCUCUGAUCAAGCGCGUCCAGGUGUCUCAGGAGCAGUGGGUCAAAGGCGCCCUGGAGCCGAAAGUGUCUGCGGAGUUUGAUCUGACUUUGGACAGCGAGCCGCUGCUGCAGGCCAUCCACCAGCUGGACUUCAUUCAGAUGAAAUGUAGGGUGCCACCCGUCCCCCUACUGCAGCUGGAGAAAUGCUGCACCCGUAACAACAGCGUCACGCUGGCCUGGAGGAUGCCACCCUUCACCCACAGCCCCGUGGACGGCUACAUCCUGGAGCUGGAUGACGGUGCCGGGGGACAGUUCCGGGAAGUGUACGUCGGUAAGGAGACUUUGUGUACCAUCGACGGUCUUCACUUCAACAGCACCUACAACGCCCGAGUUAAAGCUUUCAACUCUUCUGGUGUCGGGCCUUACAGUAAAACUGUCGUCCUGCAGACGUCCGAUGUGGCCUGGUUCACAUUUGACCCCAACUCUGGGCAUCGGGACAUCAUUUUAUCCAAUGACAACCAGACGGCCACCUGCAGCAGCUAUGACGACCGGGUGGUGCUGGGCACAGCUGCAUUCUCCAAGGGCGUGCACUACUGGGAGCUGCACGUGGACCGGUACGACAACCACCCAGACCCCGCCUUCGGGGUGGCCAGGGCCAGCGUGGUCAAGGACAUGAUGCUGGGCAAGGAUGACAAGGCCUGGGCCAUGUAUGUGGACAACAACCGCAGCUGGUUCAUGCACUGCAACUCCCACACCAACAGGACGGAAGGUGGUGUGUGCAAGGGGGCCACCGUGGGUGUGCUGCUGGACCUGAAUAAGCACACUCUCACCUUCUUCAUCAACGGGCAGCAGCAGGGCCCCACAGCCUUCAGCCACGUGGACGGGGUCUUCAUGCCAGCACUCAGCCUCAACCGCAACGUGCAGGUCACCCUGCACACAGGAUUGGAAGUGCCGACUAACCUGGGGCGGCCAAAGCUGUCAGGCAAUUAGCCCCGCUCCAGCUCGGCACUGCGCCUGUGACAGUGACAUUCACAGGCAAAGCGCCCACCAUUCUCACUAAGCUCAAAUAACCCACAAAAGCAGGAUAUGCAAAUCAUGGGUGCAACCUGGCAGCGUGGAGUGUCAUAGAAACACAUUUUCUUGGGGACGCAGGGAAUGGGUCCACGGGCCAUGCUCACAGCUGCCACUCUCAGUGGCAAAGGAAGGUACGUGUGUCACCCUUAUUCCACCCAGACAUUACGAACACUCCCCAAGAAGGACCUUUCUCAAGGGAGUCAGCAUUCGGGCUUCAUGUCUAUGUUUCCUGCCAUCUGUUUUCAAAGCUUGUCUUUUUUUGGAGGGAGAGGAAGGUAGACUUUGAGACUGGCCUCCUGAGAGCGGCAGUCAGGAGCUGCGCUGUAAUCCCACGCUCCGGGUGUUGGCCCUCCGUGGGGACCUUGCCUCCUCAGAGUCCCGAGAUUGCAGAUUCUCAUCAUGCUGAGAAAGUUAUAUUCUAGCUUCUUGGUCCUAGAGUCUUUAGUAGCACCUGCCACUUGCAGACCCAAUGCAGGAUUGAUAGAAAGGGACAUUAAUCAUUCAUGCUUGACUUUUGCCUCUCUCACUGAAGUGUUAGAACCUUUUAAAAUGGCUUCCUUUAUUAAUCAGCCAAUUGUGUUCUCUCUCUCUCUCUUCCUCCAUACUUCAUUUCUUCUCCCUCCCUCCUUCUCUUUCUCUCUUCUUCUCUCUCUCCUUCCCUCCCUCCUUUGCUCUCUCUUUCUUCCUUUCCUCCUUCUCUCUCUUACUUUCCUCCAUCCCUGCCUCUUUCUUCCCUCUUUCGCUCUCUUUCCCUCCCUCCUUCUCUCUCUCUCUCUCUCUCACACACACACACACACAGGCAUGACAGUCUCCUAAAAUUAAUUCACUCAGUUCUUAGUUCUUAAAUCCACGUGAAAACACAAGAAUUUUAACAACUAUGUCAUAGGUCUUCGCCUGGUGAUGGCUCCUUUCUGAAACUGGCAGCCCAAGAAGUUAACUGAAAAUGCAUCCAGAUUGCUCUUCUGAGCUGAACCACUCUCAGACUCAUAAGCAUUUAAAAUGGGAGACCCUGGGAAAGCCUGUUCUAGUCAGUCCACCCUAUUGUCAUUAUGAAAGCAUCAUGAACACAAGUGGCCCCUGUGGCAGGCCGGGAUGGCUCUGCCCUGAUGCGGUGGGCGGGAUCUCUGGGGAAGGCAGGAAAUAGAAGGGCAGUAUCAGGUACCUUGUCUCCCAGCUUCCCACUGUGAGACUGGGUGUGCCGAGUCUGACCUGCCAGGGCGGGACUCUGGAAACACCAGGCUUCUCCCUUGAGAUCCACAUUGAUUCAUCCACACCUCUCAGAGACAGCUCACGGCAGGGGUUUUGAGCCUGCCAGGCUCUUGUUCCCAGGGAACCCUUCCUCUCCUCCCUCCUCUCAUCUUCCCAGUCACCUGCCACCUCCAGCUCCACCUGGUAGUAACAUUUCUCUCUCCUUUUAAAAAGAAUAUAUUUUGUCAAGCAUUUUAUUUCUGAGGCUGAGAAGUGACUUGUCAAUUUGCUGGACUGGAUUUUUAUAAAACUCGCCCCAUUCACCGGCACCAA